AGCGGCAUGUUCCAGGUGGUAUGAGUCAAGACGUGUGAGCUUUUGUAGAUUAUGUAGUUUUAAAAUAAGCCAUACUUUUCUAAAUACCGUUCGACAGCUUUAACAUUGAUAAAUGUGACAGCUCUAUAGCCCGGAACUUGUUUACAUAUAUAUCCGAGUGGGUAUUCAACAGUUAAGAUGGAGAAAGACUCCACAGGCGCUACAGAAAGGACCCAAUCGGCUUUGCCUUGUAAGGAUAAGAGUGACGAGGACUCUGGCGGCCCAAAUUUCCACAACUCCAGGGAAGCAACCUGUGGUGCUACUGCAGGUCGAGCGAGAUGGACUCUGCUGAGACAGGUGUUGUGUCAGAAGCAGACAGACAGUGCUGAGGUCAAACAGGUGUCUGUUCGUAGGUUUGCCACCUUUGACCUUUUCAGAAGGAAAAAACUCUCAGCACAAGAACACUGUGAUACCUCAGAUGACCAGUGGGUGGAGUACAGAAGUGUCUACUAUCCUGAAUACGGUGCCUUCCUCAGGGAUAACCUGGGACCUCUCAAAGUUAAUGAAGUGCUCAAUAGUUUUGACAACACUGGCAAUGUCUGUGUGUGGCCUUCUGAGGAGGUGAUGGCACAUUACUGUCUGCAGAAGCGGCACACGUUCAAGGGUGCAGUGUGUGAGUUAGGAGGAGGUAUGACUUGCCUUGGUGGGCUCAUGGUUGCCAUUUCUGCUGACGUGAAGGAAGUCCUGCUAUCAGAUGGGAAUGAGAAGUCCAUUCAGAAUGUUCGGAGAGUGGUCGAGAGAAACAGGCAGGCCGGAAAGUUUGGGUCAACGCACGUGUUGUCAAGGGUGGUUAGGUGGGACUGCGAGGUGGACAUUGCAGCGCUGGAAGGUCACUUUGAUACCGUCAUGUGUGCAGACUGUUUGUUUCUCGACCAGUACAGAGCCUGUCUGGUUGAUGCCAUAAGGAGAUUACUGCGACCCAACGGCAUGGCGUUGGUGUUUGCUCCUGGAAGAGGUGAAACUCUAACACUGUUUUGUCGGCUGGCCCAGCAGGCCGGUCUGUGCGUCUGCCAACACCAGCAGUACGACGCUCAGGUCUGGGAUGUUCAUCUAAAGAUGCUGAGAGAAGGAAAGCAGGCAUACGAUGAAAACAUCCACUAUCCUCUCCUCGUCACCCUGACCAAAGGACCUCAACCUGUUAAUCAAGCUCAGUAAAAUAGAAUAAGGGAGCUCUUUGCUAUACAUAAACACUCCACACUGUUUGCAUUUUCCUUUUUUUUUUUUAUUUUCACCUCCAGCCAUAUUCCAAACAACUCCUCUCAUUCCAGAAGACGGUCACUCAGCUGUUACAGCUUGCAGUUAGUCUGCUAGGUACAAAGUUUAGCCGUCCGUUAUGGAUUUAUCGACUUUACGAGGGGUCUGUGAUUCCUAUGCAUUCAUUUGAAAUUCCGCCUGCUUACGGUGAAUUACGUGACAAGUUUUCUGUACAUGUCAGGUAUUCAUUAGUGUUUUCCAGCUUGAACUAGUCACUGUUGACAAACGUCGCUCACUGUGUUCCCGCGCUCAGCGUGGAGGCCGGCUUCGACUCGCAGUGCGGAGCAAUUGGCAGCUUCCUCAGUUUCCACCUUUAAUUUCUCUUAAAACAUCUCAUUCAACCCAGUCAGGGGUCAGUACAAAGAACUUCAUUUGCGUGUGCGUUACAGUUGUGCAGUGCAUUAACACAUCACGGCACUUUCAAAUGAAAGAGCAUCGGUUGCUGCAGGAGACACAGAUUUUAUAUGAUCUUUUUUUUUUUUUUUCCCCACUGUAAUUUUGCUGCAAUUAUCACAAGUAAUCUCCAGCAUACACACUAUUAAUCCACUGUCGGUAUUGCUUUACAGUUUGCUAUAAUGAUGAAAGGAACAGCCUGAUCUUAAUUUGUUAACCGUCGUCUGUAAUUUCCCUCUUCAGUUCCAGUUUGAGUUGCUAAAACGCAGCUGAUUACUCUGAUUUUACUGAUGUGUGAAUCUUCACACCUGGCUCAUUGUGUCAAGUAUCAUUAUUUUUGAAGAGGUGUGUGAGCUCACGCAGUACUGUUGUGCUAGUAUAUAUUGACCCAAUACUGUGGAAUAGAAAAUGAUGUAUUUUUGUGAUUGUGUGUGUGAAUUAGAUAUCGCCUUUUUUCAAUCUUUUCCUAAUGACGGUAUUCCGUGCCGGCGAGCGCACCAAACCUAUUUAGGUUUGGUUUAAGUGACAUUUAUUGGCACUCCUGGUAAAGACUUAAAAAAAUAAAAUUAUGUGUAAUUGAAGUAGUGUUAUCUCAGACUGAAAAUCUGUUUGAGUGUUUUAGUGGUGAAAAACACAAAGUUAAUGUUCAAUGUAUUUUGUACAAUAUGAUUUUUCUAAUAGAACAGCGAUUCAUCUUCUCCUGUAAUAUUUUAGAGAGAGGAAUCCUCGACGUUUUUAUUCUAUAGUCUCUUCAGGUUCCUUCUGCAGGAUUUAAAUCUCAAAGGAGAUGACUGUGGAACCAGGUCAUUUGUUAGACCAACUCUGUAGACUCUUGCAGACUUUUUCUUUCUAUCUGCUUAAGAAAGUUUAUAAUCCCAUGAAUAAUGUUCCCUUAGCAUUUAUUUGGAAGAAAAGCAGGCCGUCAUAGCAUUACAGACCCUCCAUCAUGACUAGCAUUGAGCGCUAGAGGCUCACACAUGUAUCAUCUGAACCCAAACGGCGUGAGGUCACAUGGUUGCAGACCACCGCCAAGGUUCCCCUUCUGGAUCGUCCAUGUUGGUUUUACGAAACGGUCACAGAGGGAGCGCCACGCUUUUCUACAGACAGCCUACAUGAACAACGAUGUUGCAAUUCCCAUUCGGGAGUUUUUAGCCAUUUAACUGUCGCAUUAUAGUAUUUAUUUAAUGAAAAACAAGUGUACAUGGGUCCUCAAUGCGUCAGAUAAAUGUGCCUCAAAAGUAUUAAUGUCUCUUGCAGAUACAAAAACCGUACAGUGGAAGCUAGGUGAAUAGAAAUAACAUUUCUGUCUGAUCGCAUUUCUGCGUAAAACGCGAAUGCGAAACACUUCUGACCCAAUCGGCAUGAAUUUUGUUAAAGCUCACGAUACUAACGUUUGACAUGGUGUGAUGGAAAAGAUUGUGUUUCUGGCAUCACUCUAAAAAGGAAAAGGAGUUUACCAUGGAGACUCAGUGACCCGGACCUGUCAUUGGUUGCUACAGUUUUGCUGGUGUUUUAGAGGCUUAUUAAGCCUCCUUUGUCAUCCUGCUCACUGUCUAUAGUUAUGCGGUCACGUCAUAUUUAUAUCACACGUAAAUUAAACAGAUCCCAGGCGAUCUGCCCUUGACUCACGCUGAGGUUACAACAAACGACAAGAUGGAGCUGGAAGACGUGAAACAAAAGCUAAAAACAGGAGAAGUUACACUGCUUACUUAAAAAAUAGUAGUCUAAAAACAAAAGCAGAAACAUUUGAUUUAAAAUGAUAUGUUGGGUUUAAUUUGAGACACAACGCCUCUGGGCUCGAGCCGGGUCGGGUUGAAUUUUUUAGGCCUGAUCUAAAGUCUACUCUAAAUUGAUUUACUCAAAAUAAAGGUUCGAUUUUUCACAAUUUUCACUGUGAGAUGAUGUAAAUACAUAAUUAAUAAUAAUGUGAAUUUAUUUGAAGCCUUCUUGCUCGUCUUUACCAGGUAGCAAUAAACGUUGCUGGCGUGGCUCCUUUGAAAAAAUAAGUAAAUAGUAAUACAUAAAGUGUUUCUCCAGAGGACAAAGUAUGCAAUAAGUUAAAUAUGUCAGAUUCAUCCAUGACACUUCUGUUACCAUAGUGACUAUUUUAUGACCUGCGGCUGCCUUUGCAGAAUGCCUGAAUGUCCGGAAGUUUCCAUAAAAUCUGGAAACUUUAGUUGCUGGAGAACAAUCAUCAGGAGUAUCAAACUCAAACUGGAACCAAAUCCCAUGUUGAU